CUGGGACCAGAAGAUCUAGGGGCUGGGGGCAGGCACUUCACCUUCCUGAGCCUCAGUCUUCUGGUUUCUAAAUAGGAAUUACAGUAAUCACCACACUUGGUGGCGGUGUGAAUUUAAAAGACCUGAGAUUAGUCUAGUCCUUAGAAAAAUGUGUAACCUCCUUGCAUAGUGGGGCCAGUCUGCUUUUGAUGAUAGGAUUGCCCCUCUUAUCUGUCUGCCCUCUCUCUGUCACACACACACACACACACACACACACACACACACACACACACACACACACAAGCACAAGCACAAGCACAUACACAGAUAGGCUUUGACAUUUCUCCAUGUCAGAAUCCAGCCACUUGCCUGCAGACCCAGGACCUCUGUCCUAGCACACCUCACCUGGGAUGCUCAGCGCUAUUGGUUCCUGUACCAGCUGGAAAGGCCCCCAUAGUGUCCCAGUACCUUGUGGGCCAUGCUCCACCUGAUCAUCCCCACGGCUCAGGGGGGACGGUGGUGGAAUGGGAAGUGGUGUGUGCCGCAGAUGGCAGAUGGGUCACCCAGAUGGAAGAGGUAAACGAGCUUGCUCUGGAGACCCAGAAGAGCUAGUGGUGGGGCUUGACUGUAAGCCUGGUUCUAAUGCCCCGUCCUCCCUGUGAGGUCCUCCCCGUGAGAGACUGAAGUCCUCGGAUGCUGGGGAGGAGGCACGGCAGGGGGCUUCUUUCUACCAUAAUUCUGUGGUGCAGUGGGGACUGUCCCUUCUGGAUAUGCAGAAGCCUCGUGCUGGGGUAGAACAGGACAAGGGAGCGAUAGAGCCCCUGGGCAUCUCCACCUUAACUAACCCCGGGUCCUAACAUCCUUACUGCCGCAGAACGUCUGCCCUCGCUCAGGCACUUGUUCCUUGAGAGAAGGUUAGUGAGCAUCUACCUAAGGAAUGGAACGAGCAAUAAAUGGGUCUGCAGAUGGGUGUCGGGGAAAUGCAACACAUUGGAGCCUGCGCAAGGGCAUUCUGGGUAGAGGGAGCAGCAAGGCAGAGAGAAGCCCCAGGCAGGCCGAAAGUUCCUGGGGUGUGACCCAGGAGUUUGCUGAGGAGAAGACAGUGGUAGAAGAUGCUGAUGGGAUAGAGUGUGAAGCCUGGACGCUACUGGAGAUUUCAGAGUGACUCGUGUAAGAUCUGGCAUGUGAUUUUGAAACGUCACCGACUGCCAUGUAUGGGACGGAUUGUCCAGUCCUGGAGGGAAUCGAGGACGCAGGGAGUGGAGUCAGCUGCUGCAGUGAAGGCAGAGCCAUGAGCCACCAGAUCCUGCUCCUCCUGGCCAUGCUGACACCGGGCCUGGCUAUCUCUCAGCACCGAGAACAAGUGCCCUGUAGGACGGUGAACAAGGAGGCCUUGUGCCAAGGCCUUGGCCUUCUUCAGGUCCCCUCAGUGCUCCCGUUGGACAUCCGAGCUCUCUACUUGUCUAGGAACAGGCUGCAGAGCAUCCUGGCCUCCCCAUUGGGCUCCUACACAGCACUUCGUCACCUGGACUUAAGUGUCAACGAGAUCAGCUUCCUCCAGCCGGGAGUCUUCCAGGCCCUGCCCCACUUGGAACAUCUCAACCUAGCCCACAACCGGCUCGCCGUGGGCAUGGCACGGAACAGUGGUGGUCUGGGCCGCCUGCCCCUUGUGGCCUCACUGGACCUGUCUGGGAACAGCCUGUACGGCAGCCUGGUGGAGCAGCUGUUGGGUGAAGCCCCGAGCCUGCAUACUCUCUCACUGGCCGAGAAUAGCCUCACUCGCCUGGCACGCCACACCUUCUGGGGCAUGCCGGCGCUGGAGCAGCUGGACCUCCACAGCAACAUACUGAUGGACAUUGAGGAUGGUGCCUUCGAGACCCUGCCCCACCUGACCCACCUCAACCUCUCCAGGAACUCCCUCACCUGCAUCUCGGACUUCAGCCUCCAGCAGCUGCAGGUACUUGACCUGAGCUGCAACAGCAUUGAGGCCUUCCAGACGGCCCCAGAACCCCAGGUCCAGUUCCAGCUGGCCUGGCUCGACCUCCGGGAGAACAAGCUGCUGCACUUCCCUGACCUGGCCGCAUUCCCAAGACUCAUCUACCUGAACGUAUCCAACAACCUCAUCCGGCUGCCUGCGGGGGUGCCCCAGGACAGUGAGGACCUCCAUGCACCCUCGGAGGGCUGGUCAGCCUCUCUACUGUCCAACCCCAGCCGGAACGCCAGCACCAAUCCCCUCUCCCAGCUCCUGAGCCUGGAUUUGAGUUACAAUGAGAUUAAGCAGGUCCCUGCCAGCUUUCUUGAACCUCUGACCUCCCUGCGCUUCCUCAACCUCAGCCGAAACUGCCUGCAAUCCUUCGAGGCCCGGCGUGUGGGCUCCCUUCCCUGCCUGGUGCUUUUGGACUUGAGCCACAAUGCGCUGGAAGCAUUGGAACUGGGCACCAAAGUCCUGGGGUCCCUGAAGACAUUGCUCCUGCAGGACAAUGCCCUGCAAGAACUGCCACCCUACACCUUUGCCAGCUUGGCUAGCCUGCAGAGCCUCAACCUAUGGGGAAACCAGAUCAGUCCCUGUGGGGGGCCAGCAGAGCCAGGUCCACCAGGCUGUGUGGACUUCUCUGGGAUCCCCACCCUCCAUGUUCUGAACAUGGCAGGGAACUCGAUGGAGAUGCUCAGGGCAGGCAGCUUCCUCCACACCCCGCUUACUGAACUGGACCUCUCUGACAAUCCUGGUCUGGAGGUGGCCACAGGAGCCUUGGUAGGCCUGGAGGCAUCCUUGGAGGUACUGAAACUUCAAGGCAAUGGGCUGAUGGUCUUGAACGUGGACUUGCCAUGCUUCCGCCGUCUCAAGCUCCUUAACCUUUCCGAGAACCGCCUCAGCCACCUGCCUGCCUGGACACAGGCUGUGUCCCUGGAGGUGCUGGAUCUGCGGAACAACAGCUUCAGCCUCUUGCCAGGCAAUGCCAUGGGUGGCCUGGAGACUAGCCUCCGGCGCCUGUACUUGCAAGGAAAUCCACUCAGCUGCUGCGGCAAUGGCUGGCUGGCGGCCCAGUUGCACCAGGGCCGAGUGGCUGUGGACGCUACUCAGGACCUGAUCUGCCGCUUCGGCUCUCAGGAGGAGGUGUCCCUGAGCCACGUGCGUCCAGAGGAUUGUGAGAAGGGAGGGCUCAAGAACAUCAACCUCAUCAUCAUCCUCACCUUCACACUGGCCUCUGCCAUCAUCCUCACCACGCUGGCCACCUGCUGCUUCCUCCGUAGGCAGAAGUUCAGCCAACAAUACAAAGCCUAGGGGAUCCUCUUCCCACUCAGUGUGGAAGCCAGAGGGGCAGAGAAGCUGGGGUCUAGCUCAGGUUACACAGUGGCCAGGGGUUCAGCAUCCUGCAUCCUGCCACAUGGACAGGUAGUUGCUUUCUGAGCUGCACAUGUGAUCCAGUUGUGGACCCCAAAGUGGGGCAGUGUACUGAACAGAGGAUACCAACAGAUCUCCACUGAGCAUCUAUUUCAGGCCAGACCCCUCUCUGGGCACUAGUAAAUGAAACAUGUGCCUGCCCUCUGGCAAGAGAGGCUGUCACAGAACCAGCGACCAUGGAGUGUGAUAGGCUUGAGGUGGGGAGGCCCUGGGCCCCCAGACCCGCAGUCCUCAGCUGGUCAUGGAGAGUCCACCCUGGCUGGCUGUGUUUGGGCAAGGGAGGGCAAAGCCUGAGAGAUGAUUUGUCUGAGCCGUUCCCACACAGAGCUCUGUCGCAUCUGCUGAUAAUGACUUUCAGCCUCUCUGGAAACGAAGAACUUGUGACCAGAAGAGAGAGCCAGGAUCUCCCCCAAAGGUCUUGAAUCUGGUCUCCUAGGCCAGAUUCUGAAGUUCCGGCUGAGCCAGCGUAAAGUGUGGUCACUUGGACUUCCAGCCAGGCCCAGGACAGUCUGUGUCCUGCCCUGGACAGGCCCUUCCCCCUCAGUGAACUCUCCUGUUACACACACUGACCCCAGUGCUGCCUGGAUUGCCAGCCCCCUGCUCGGGCCUCCUUCCCUCCCGGCCCCACCCUAGCUUUUGAGCCAAGAGGGAGAGCCUCGGCUAUCUGGUUUUGUUUUGCACUCGGCUUAGCAGCUGCAGAGGUGAAUCCAAGCCAACUCUUAGAGGUUUCUAUGUUAUCUGUGUUAUACACAAGAAGAAAAGAAGGUUCCUUACAUUUCCUCUGAGAGCCUCAGGCCUGAGAGAGAUGCCAAAGCCAAAAAUGAGUCAAACCCGUGUCCUCCCGUCUCCAGGACCUAAGCCUUGCCGGGGCAGGGCAGGCUGUCCAGUGGACAGGAAGUGGUCCUACCCUAACCAGGCUCCAAGCAUCCUUGCUGCACGCACCCACUCCCUCCUCCCAGACAGGCACCCACAGACCCUCUGCGUCUGCCUCGGUGCCCCUCACUCAUUUGCAGACCAGUAUGAAUUCUCCCUCUCUCAUUUUGCUCCCACAGGCUCAUCCUUCCUCCAUGAAGCGGAGCUGGGAGUUUGACUCCAUGGAGUGUCAUUUUCCCCAUUGAUCAAAUAAGGAAAGCCAGGUGGAGGGGCUUGCUCAGGGUCACACCAGCCAAUGGCAGAGACCGUGGGGGAAAUGGGAGAACACCAGCUGGACUGUUGCACCGUGGUGGACUGUUUGCUUUUCGUGCUCAAGGCCCGGAGCUGGGUGCUCAGCAGCGUCGUCGCCUGUGCGGCUUCAUGCUCUCGGCAGGCAGUCUCAGCACAAGACAGUGCCAGCUCUCACGCCUGUCCUCACCAGGAAAACAAGAAGGAAGACACCCCCCCCCCCAGUCUCUCCACUCAUUCUCCAGACCCGUGGGCUUCAGGGAGAAAGGGGAGCCCUGGGCCCAGUCACAGAACCUGCUUCGUCAGCGCCCCUGUGCCUGGCCCCUGGUCUGCCAGGACACGCGGUAGCGAACGAGGAGACAAAACCACCAUUCACUCUGCCCAGUUUUGCAGAUGAGGAAACUGGGGCCCAGAGUAGGUUAAAGGCUCAGAGAACCAAUGGGCAGAUCCGGGGCUAGAACCCUCACCGGGUCAGCUAGUAGGGUCUAGGUGCUACUGCACACAGCACUCUGUCUCGGCCCGGAGGCCACCCCGUGGCCGCUGUGCCAGAGCUCUGAAAACACUAUAUCAUGCUGCUGUCCCCUCCCAGCUGGCCACUGCCGGGCCCUGGGACCAGCUCUUUGUAUAACUCACUGAAUGUAUUAAAGUAUAAUUUUGGAGAA